AACAGGCCACUCCCAUCAGUAGAAUGGCAGCGAUGAACUUUAACCAGAGUGUUUAUGUAUGUGUUUUUGUCGGAGGAGUGGCUCUAUGACAAACUAUCAGAUCCCCGCGCUGUUCGCCGACCUGCAGGACAUGAUCAUGGGGAGCACGCUGGCCAAAUGUGCCGUCACCGACCUGGGCAUCCAGUGGGCCGGCUGGGCCCUGGCUGCUGCCUUCAGGACCGAGAAGUUUUAUGAUCUGGCAGGAUCGGGCACUUUUAUACUACUUGCCCACCUGAGUCGUAUCUGGGGAGGAGCCAGUCAUGUCCGUCAGAAGGUGCAGACUGGGUUGGUGACAGCAUGGGGACUCAGGCUGGGUACAUUCCUCUUCAUGCGGAUCUUGAAGGACGGUCAUGAUCGCAGGUUCAACAAUGUCAGAGACAGCCCAGGGACUUUCUUUGUAUAUUGGAGUAUUCAAGCCGUAUGGGUAUUUAUGACCCUCCUGCCCACCCUCAUGCUGAACAGUGAGAAGCGAGAUGUGCCUCUGGGAAUGAGGGACUACAUUGGCUGGACUAUUUGGGGCCUUGGCUUCGCUGCUGAGGCUAUUGCUGACCAGCAGAAAUGGCUUUUCAAGCGUGACCCAGAUAAUGCUGGGAAAUUCAUCCAGAGUGGGCUGUGGGCUUACAGCAGACAUCCGAACUAUUUUGGAGAGAUCCUGCAAUGGUCUGGCCUCUGGCUCUCUGCCUCAUCAGUGAUGGAGGGUUCCCAGUAUCUGAGUGUGGCAUCACCUCUCUUCGUCUGGUUCCUGCUGCGUUACGUCAGCGGUAUCCCCAUCCUGGAGAAGCAGGCCAUGAAGAAGUGGGGGUCUGACCCAGGCUUCCAGGACUACAUCAAGAACACUCCUCUGCUCUGGCCAUGGCCUAAAUUUUGAUGUAACAAUGAACAGUGAUGAACAUUUUCUCAACUGCUGUACCAAUAAUUGCCUCACACAAAGAACAUACGCACAUUCAAGUCACUGUAUACGACACUUAGGACAUUUUUAGAGCAGCAAACCACUAUAGGCUAUGUAACAGUUUAAUGGAGGAAUGGCGUCCUGUGCAAAGAAUGAAAUCAUACUCCUCCUGUG